UCUGUCUUCUCACCUGGGCCCUAAGGAAGAAAGAUUAGAGUUCAGCAUUUCAGUUCUUAAUUCUGAUGAGAAUUUGUCUCAAGGCACAAGCUGGAUCACACAACUGGAAUAAGAGAGUGUGAGCGUCACAUGUUGUGGAGAAUGUUGACUUGUCAGAAGCAGCAGGUGGUCUAUGAUCUAGAGAAGAAGUGGAUUCUGUUGUGCUCUCGGGAUGAACAAAAACAACCAUGGUUCCUGCAGAAAGACAUUUAGGAAUCAGAGAAAAUACAAUAUUUGGUGAUGGUGGAGCUUGACCUGGCAUACCAAAUACCAUCAGCUGUGAACAAUGGAGAAAGCUGGGCCAGGUUUCUUGACCAAUCAUACAACUCCAAAUGACACAUCCAGCCAAUGGAGACCCACAAAGCCUACACUACCAAGCGUGGAGGAAGUCAUCGACUCCGAGUCCCAAAUGAAACAUCUAGUGGGGUUAUUUGGCAUGGUGACCCUUAACCUUGCAGCGCUGCUUGGCAACACUGGAGUUAUUUUAGCCAUCGCCCGAGCUCCGCACACGAAGAAAUAUGCAUUUGUGUGCCAUCUUUGUGCGGUGGAUUUACUUUGUGCCAUAUUGCUAAUGCCUCUCGGAAUAGUAUCAAGUUCUCCAUUCUUCAGUACUGUGACUUUUACGGUUCUGGAGUGCCAAGUCUAUAUAUUUCUAAAUGUAUUUCUGGUCUGUGCCUCUAUUCUUACUGUAACUGCCAUUAGCGUGGAACGCUACUAUUACAUUGUCCACCCCAUGCGCUAUGAGGUAAAGAUGACUAUACACCUGGCUGUUGGAGUUAUGGUUUUUAUCUGGGUGAAAUCUUUGCUUUUAGCACUUGUUACCUUACUUGGUUGGCCAGCAUAUGGGAAUCAAAGCUCCAUUGCAGCUACCCAUUGCUCUCUGCACUGGAGUCAUAGUCGUCUCAGGAAAGCGUUUGCCAUUCUUUUCACUCUUGUAUGCUUUCUGGUUCCUGCAGUGGUGAUUUUUGCGGUAUACUGUAAUGUCUACAAGGUGGCACGGUCGGCUGCAAGGCAACACGUUCCCAUUCCCCCAUGGCCCCCGAAUCCAGCUCAGAAGUGUCGUUCAGAUUCUAUUAACAGCCAGACUACCAUCAUCACUACUACACGGAGUCUGCCUCAGAGACUGUCCCCUGAGAGGGUAUUUGGAGGUGGGAAAGCUGCCCUUACACUCGUCAUCAUUGUGGGGCAGUUCCUGCUGUGCUGGCUUCCAUACUUCAGCUUCCACCUUCACUUGUCCAUCAUGACACCACUCCAGAGUCCAGGGGACAUCGAGGAGAUUGUGACCUGGUUGGCUUACUCCUCAUUUGCAGUGAACCCCUUUUUCUACGGACUGCUCAACAGGCAGAUUCGGGAGGAGCUUAUAAAGCUGAGGAAGUGCUGUGCUUCCAACAGGCCUGUGGAAUUUGGAGGCUCAAGUCAUGAAGGAUCCAUCCAGGAGAACUUCCUGCAGUUCCUGCAGAGGACUGGCAGCAAGAAUGAAACCACCAGGUCCAGCUGUGUCAACUCCAGCCCCAGAAAUACACUGGACCAUGGUGUCAGAAUACCUGGACAGAUCCCUGAGGAGUGACCAAGACUCUGAACAUCCGCAUUCUAUCAUAUGAUUUAGUUGGGUGGGUUAAGGAGAGACUACUUGUUUGUUUUGUUUUAGAUGCUAAAAACUAAAAGCACUUAAAAGCUAAGCCAUAUUAACACUGAUGAAUGUAACCAUGAGUCCAUCCAAUGGUACGUGUUUUGUCUUGCAAUGGGUGUGGUAAUAGAGAUGUCUAAAUAGAAUAAUUUAGAAUUUGUGAUCCACUCUGGACACUUUAUAACCAUUUAUUACCCUUACUCUGAAAACUAAAGGCUAGAGCAAUAAUCCUACACUCAAUGUAACUCGAGCUGUAAAAAAG